AUGGCCGCAGCCGUGGCGGCCACCACGCCUCCGACAGCCGACAAUCGGUGCGUCGGUGGCGGCGAACCGUCGGCGGCAACUAUGAGACAUCAGACGGUUGUACCCCUGCCGUCAAGCGAUAUCCCGGCACUGACGUCUUCGGGACGGCGGCGGCGACAGUUAGGUGGAAACGACCGGAAUCCACAGGUGUCUCGGAGUUCGACCAGCAGCUGCUCGUCGUCGCCGGUAUCGUCAUCGGACGACGAUGAGGACGAUGACGACGACGGUGGCCACGGUGGCAUGGAUGGCGCGGAAGCCAAGUUUGGAGGACGCGGCGUAGUCGGCGUACAGCCUCCGCCGGUGGCCGCCAAGCGGCUCAAGGACCUGCAGCAACAACUGGUCGACCUGGAUGACUUGGAACUGCUGGAUCAUCAUCUGGCCAUCGACAGCGAACCCGGAAACUCACAGCGUGAUUCGGCGCCAGACGGCGGAGCUGGUGGUACGACCGGCAUGGUGGCUGAAGAGCUCAGGCAGAAGAACAAGGACCUGGUGCUGGCCGCCCGUCUCGGCAAGGCACUGUUGGCCAAAAACGAUGAACUAUCACUGAUGAACGAGCGGCUGGCCGAGGAAUACGGCGACAAGUUGGAGGAGAUCGAACAAGACCGCCACCGAUUACGCAGACAGUUGGCACAAGCCAGGGCCGAGUGCGAGCAACGAUGCCACGAGCUGCAGGCCGAUCUCAGGGAUCUGCAGGCGGUGCUCGACAGCCGGGAACGUCAGCUGCGCGAGGCGGAUAAACAGAAGCGAGCCGUGGUCCGAGAGCUCACCGACCAGAAUGGCAGAUUGCAGUCGCACAUCAGAGAGCUUUCCCAAGCUGAAGCAGAGCUUCGACACAAGUGUCGUCUGCUGGAAGACGCUCAACAGCCACAACAUGGCAGCGGAAAAUGGACAGGGAUCGGAGGAGUCGGAUCGCCAGCGUCCAUCACCAACGGAGGGUCCACCACCGAUUAUGGGUCGCUAACACCCGACGACUACCGAAGCCUGGACGUAUUGCGUGAUGAGAUCGAUAUGAAAGCUGCAGAGAAACAGCGGCUGCAGAAGAGGAUGGCCGAAUUGCGGUCUGACCGUGAUCGGUUGGCCGAACUUCUCGAACUCAAAGAUCGACAGUUGGCCGAGUGCCGGGCUGAGGCGAACCAUUACGAGCACAGGUCGGCCAUGUUGGCCAAGCAGUUGGACGACGCUCUCUGUUCGGGUGGCGCAGGGGACUGGAGAGGACGAGGGGGAAAGUGCGCUUCGUGCAACAGCGCGGGCGGCGCGACGACGACGUCCCGGACGAACGGCUCCGGCGGUACCGAAUCGCAGCCGAUGUCGCUGUUGGCGGAACUGGAACAAGCCGAGGCGGCCAGCACGCAGACGGCCGCUGGUUCUGCUCCGCCUAUGGUCGACGUGGACCUGACGGAGCAUCGGCCCAACGACCCAAACGACUUCGGGUCAGACGCCGAACGGUUGGUCACCCGGCUGUGCGAUGCGCUUGAGCGCCGGGCCGGCCAAGCGGACGCGGUGUCGCCGGAGUUGUCGGCCAGCACCAGGUACCGGCUGCUCAAGCUGAUGGGCUGCGGCGGCGGCGGCGGAGACGGGAGCACGGCAGCCGGCGUCAAGUCCACAGGCCCCGUUGACCUGGCGGAGCUGGUUCGCAACCGUGACGGUCGGGUGGCCGAGCUCACGUGUGAGUUGUCCGUGAGAGACGCAGAGCUACAGGCAGCCCGCGAGGAACGUGAUCUGGCUGUGCGGGACAAAAUGGACGCGAUGCGGAUUCAAUGCGUCCGGUGCGGUGAUGCGGGCAGCGGAGAGGCCGCCGACGCCACUUCCGGUUCCGGCACCGACGAGAAGGACACGUCGUUAAUCCCGGAACUGCUGAGAAAAGCAUGGGAACAGCGGGAUGGGGCGGUAAGGCGGAAAAACGCAGUACAGGUGCAGCUGGCCCGGACCCGGGUGGACGUGCUACAGGCCAAUGGUCAACUGAUGGAGGCCAUCGGGCAGAAGGUGGAACUCAGCCAACAGUUGGAACAGUGGCAGAUGGACAUGCAAGCUCUGCUCGACGAGCAGAUGCGCAGGAAGCUGCUUGCUCCGCCGGUGCAAUCUUCGGCCACCGGUACGGCUGAAUUCGGUGGUGGAAAUCAACAAAAGUUUUCCAGCACCGGAGGGUUCCCUUCCAUGUCAGCUUCGAGCUUAGGAAGUCUCGGGUCGUCUGGUCUCAUGAACUCGCUGCUGAUGAUCGCCGGCGGCGGAGGCAACGCAAACAGAUGA